CCCCGCUGUCAGCCACAGUUAGACGUGUUGCUUUAAGUCCCAGUGGACGGACUUGACUCUGACAAACAGCAGCAGAGAACCGGAGAGGACCUGCAGCAGUUACCCCAAAGAGGAGCGAGCUGAUCGGACGCUGUGGAUACAAUAGCUUUGGCAAAAGGUUUCCAGUGUCGAACUCGACUCGAUGUGCAGGAAAGAAGAGAGGAAUUAAAGUCAGAGGAAGCAAAACAAAGUCCUUCAUACUGUAAAUGGACACAGCGAAGAUCCAGUAAAGGACACUUGUUUUUAGAUAUCGCUCCCUGGAUAUCCGUUUACUCAAAAGCACAGAGAAGCCACUAGAGAUGGAUGUGGCUGCUGAUCAGCCUCGCUGGAUGCAUCACCAUGCAGCCGUGCUGAACGGAGGACAACACCCGGACUCUCACCACCACGGCCUCGGACACAACUACAUGGAGCCGGCGGCGCAGCUGCUGCCUCCGGACGAGGUGGAUGUUUUCUUUAAUCACCUGGACUCACAAGGAAACCCGUACUACCACAACCCAGCCAGGGCCAGAGUGUCCUACAGCCAGGCGCACGCUCGUCUGACUGGGACUCAUCUCAUCCACAGUCCUGGUAUCUCCUGGCUGGACGGUGGUAAAGCAGCAGCCCUGUCUGCUCACCACCACCACCACCACCACAACGCCUGGUCCGUCAGCCCCUUCAGCAAGCCCAGCCUGCACCACCCGGGCUCCGCGUCGCCCGGCGGCCUCUCCGCGGUCUACCCGUGCAGCAGCAGCUCUAACGCGGUCUCAGCCUCCUCUCUAACGCCGCCGUCCCACUCCAGCACCAGCUCUCUGUACGCUUUCCCUCCUACACCGCCUAAGGACGUAUCACCGGACCCGGGAGCAGUGUCUCCGUCCGCCAGCAUCAGCAGGAUGGACGAGAAGGACUCAAUCAAGUACCAUGUGUCUUUAUCGGAGGGGAUGAAGAUGGAGAUGGAGGGCUGCAGCCCGCUGAGGAGUAGCCUGGCCUCUCAGACCUCCACCCAUCAUCCCAUACCGACCUACCCAACCUACUCUCUCCCAGCGGCGCAUGAGUACGGAGGCAGUCUGUUUCACCCGGGCAGCCUGCUGGGAGCAGCAUCCAGCUUCAGCUCCAGGAACAAAGGCAAGACACGCUCCUGCAUCGAGGGCCGUGAGUGUGUAAACUGCGGCGCCACAUCUACACCUCUGUGGAGACGUGACAGCACCGGACACUACCUGUGCAACGCCUGCGGGCUUUACCACAAGAUGAACGGCCAGAACAGACCGCUCAUCAAACCCAAACGCAGGCUGUCUGCUGCCAGACGAGCAGGCACCUGUUGUGCUAACUGUCAGACGACCACCACCACACUCUGGCGGCGCAAUGCUAAUGGAGACCCGGUGUGCAAUGCCUGCGGCCUCUACUAUAAACUGCAUAAUGUGAACCGGCCUAUGACCAUGAAAAAGGAGGGAAUACAGACACGCAACCGAAAAAUGUCCAACAAAUCCAAAAAGAAGCGGGGCUGCGACAGCUACGAGGAGUUUUCCAAAAGCCAGCUUUACGACAAGAGCUCUCCAUUCAGCUCUCUGGCCGGACACAUGUCCAUGGGCCACUUGCCACCUUUCAGCCACGCUGGACACAUGCUUCCCACGCCCACCCCGAUACACCCGUCCUUUGGGCACCCGCACCACUCUAACAUGGUGACGGCCAUGGGCUGAGAGGGGUUAAAGUACAGGAACGCUGGAGGAACCUGAGACGGUUGUGUGAACGGGGAUGAGGGUCUCGCUAGAGGACAGUGUGUGCAAUGUUACGGACAUGCAGCUUGUGUGUCUUCAUCUUGAUUGUCUCUUGAUUGAUUAUGCCAAUGGUAUGUUGGAGAACAGAUGUAUCACGGGAGGAGAUUACCUUUUUUACUCCUUAUCUAUAGGUACCUAUUUUGAUGGAGGAAGUCAGAGAGGGAUAUUCUGCUUCCCGUCGGCCAGGCACCCACACGUAAACACAAAAAAUGUCAUUGCACCUCAUAGUUUUGUCCCCACUGACAGCCUGACUGACUGCAGUGUGGCUCAGUAUGUGCCGAACAGGUUUAUAGUAACUGUGAAUAUUGUAAAUGUGUGAGACCGAAGGGGACGAGAUCACCUUCGCAACAUUAAAUGAAAAUAUGCUGGAUUUUUUUGCUUAUGGACAAUUUUAAAGGAAUUUUCACAAAAGAAAGAAAGCAAACAAAAAAGGUUUAUGAAUCUUAAUUUGACACUGUUUAUUAUAUAAUUAUUGUUGUUAUAAUUAUUAUUGUUAUUCAGAUAAUUUAUUUUCACUGCCUUUUUUUUUUCUUUUACUAUAUCACCUGAAUCAUAAUAUGGAUACUGUUAUCCCAGUUAUGAAUAUAUUUUUAGCUGAAGCGCUUUCUUUGAGCUGGUCAACAUUUAUACUCGUAAGAAAUAAAGAGAUCAAGUUCAUUAUUCCAUCUGCUCCUUCUAUUCAAUAUCCAAUAAUCACUAUUUAAGUCUUUAUAAUCAGAACAGAUACAGAAAUUCAUUUGGCUAAUUGUGCUGUCCUCCGUGCCAUACGGGGACAAGGUACCACACAGUACAGAUAGUAAUGACCCUCUUCAUAGACGUUUAAUUAAUACAAUUACAAGCUACACUGUCAGUAACAGCUAUUUUGUUUCUUAGUACUACUAUAAUAACUAUCUUAGGUUUAUCUUCUGUGCAUCAAAUGCACGGUAGUUUUCUAUGCAUCCUUGUUUAUCUCUGGACACAUUUUCAUAAAUACGCUUAUGUGCUUUCUUGCAAGAUGAAAUAUUGAUACCACUCUCGUGUCUGUACGGCAAAUAUGAAGCUACAGCCAGCAGCCGUUUAGCUUAUCUUAGCAUAAAGACUGGAAACAGGGGAAACCGUUAGCCUAGUUCUGUCUUAAGGUAAUAAAAUCCAACAACCAACACCUAUAACUUCCCUUCCAUUUCCUGGAGUCCGAGAAGUUACCAACCUGACCUGCCAGAUGGUUUGUUAUACAGAACUAUCUGAGAAGUAGUCAUUGUAAAAGGGCAGGCACUUUCAAAAAAAUACCUGGCAGGUGAUUGGAUGAACCUUUUGUCAAUCAAAUUCUUGCACAAGCCAGUCGGGAGAAGAGCAAAAACAUCGCCUUUAGUACUGUACUUCUUUCAAUGAAGAAAUACUCUCCAGUUCUGAUGCUACUCAUGCUAUUUACACAUUUACGCUAAGGUCUAACCCUAACCCAUUGUUGUUUAGAAACAACAGUUGCCCUCUCACACACCUAAAUUACGCCCGUAGCUGCCAGUAGCUUCUCACAGGAUGCUGAUUGGUCUGGGAUCUGGUUUGCUGGACACAAACGCAUUACUUGAAGCUUGACAAGAUGAAUUUUCGUGUGAUAGGGGAUCUCGUGAGAUCGCGAGAAUCAAGCUGGAAUCAAGCUACUGUAUCAGGCCAAGAAAUAGUCCGACACAUAAACCUCCCUUAAACCGCAAGGCAUGUUGUUUACACUUUAUUUAUACGGAUUAAACCGACAUGCUUUGGAGGUGCUGUUAGGCAGAUGUUGUUAUCUUUGGAAAGCUUCUUGCUAGCUGUUUCCAGUAGCUUUAUAUUGACUAUAUUGAGUGGUAUCAAUCUUUUCAUCUAAAUAUUGGCAAGAAAGUAUUAAAGCGUAGCUCCCAAAAUGUCUGACUAUUUCUUUAACAGUUUUUGGGGUAUAAGCCACUUUACCUUCAGGCGGUGCUAAUGUCACCAUGUGAGGAUCAUCUUUGCAGCUGAACGAGGGGGAAACACUGUAUAGUACAACUUUCUAUUAGCCUCUAUAUCAUGACUUUUGAUCAGCACUUCUACCAUCCUGCCAGAGUCAGAAUCCAUGCUUACUAUUUGCUACCUGUUACAAAAAGGUGGCCAUUGCAUACUGUUGAUAAUAAAGAAACUAUAAAACUA